UCAAGGCUAGUCUCAGGGUGAACCAAAUGUUCCACAUGAGAAGAUACAGGAAGAGGUUCACACAAAUCUGUGCCCGGCCCUCCAUGCCACCACCCCGGCAAACUAAAGUGCUGUACCUGCCCACCGCCAUUCUUUUCCUACUGCUGUGGACUUCUGGAGAACUAAGGAACGACGCAGAUCUGCUCUUCGCAUCUGCAGCCUGGUGCCCACUGCACCCAGUGACCAGAGCGCCAAAUCUGAUCAGAAAAAAGAUGGCAGAUCUGAGAUGCCUUCCUCUCCUGAUGCUGCUGGGACUAUGGGGACCAGCUUGUCUACUUUGUGCUCGGCCUAAGGGUCUUACUAAAGCUCACUGGUUUGAAAUUCAGCACAUACAGACCAGUCCCUGCCAAUGCAACAGAGCAAUGAGUGGUGUCAACAAUUACACCCGACACUGUAAGCCUGAAAACACCUUUCUGCACGAAUCGUUCCAGAUUGUGGCCGCCGCUUGUGACUUGCCCAAUAUCAUCUGCAAGAAUGGUCAAAACAACUGCCACCAGAGUGCCAGGCCAGUCAGGAUGACUGACUGCAGACUCACUUCGGGAGCGUAUCCUCGCUGCCAGUACGCUGAUGCUGCCCAAUACAGAUUGUUUGUUGUGGCCUGUGCCCCCCCUCAGAAGAGCGACCCUCCCUACCACUUGGUUCCUGUGCAUUUAGAUAAGAUUGUCUAAGACUUGGGGUUUUCCCGGUUUUACUCACAGGUUCCCUUACAGUGUCUUUCACUUUGUCUUUUGUUCCUUUGCUCCCACAGAAGAAAGGAAGAAGGUGUUAGAAGAAUUAGAGUCCUCAUGUUAUCGGAACAGAAGUGGGGCAAAAACAAACAGGACUUUUGGGCUAUGAUGAAGCUCAGCAACUGAGCACUUGCUUGGCACGUACAGGCCCUGGGUUCAAUCAUCAGCACCACAAAAAAAAAGAAAAAGAAAAGAUUGGAUUGUCUUUUGCUCUGAAGUUUAUCUGUGUUGAAGGAAGGCAUAUAGGGGAAGGAUAAGAAGGAUCCAAACAUCCAGGGGAUUUAUCUUGGAAUUUUUGUCAAGCCUUUUCACACUGUGCUCACAGAAGUAAAAAUCACUUUCUUCUUCAUUCUAA